UUCCAGCUUCGAUGUUCAUACAAUUCUAAAUCCAGCUCCGUGUGUUUGUGUGUGUGUGUGUGUGUGUGAGAGAGAGAGAGAGAGAGAGAGAGGGAGGGCCUGCCCUUACCGGGGGCGGGGGGUGAAACUGUGCCUUUGUUCAGAUCUGCAGUAAACCAGACGCAGGGAACUGGAGGCAGCUCCUUUUGACUGUUUACCUCGUCACCAUGGAGACUUCGUCUCUGGAGCGGCAGCUGCAGAGCGUUCAGCGCAACAUUGCCUUCUUAAAGGGGGAACACAUGGAACUACUGCAUGGGCUGCACAUGGAGAUCCUGCAACUGCAGAAGCGCUGCACCGAGUUAACAUGUGAACUAACAUUGAAGUCGUCAAAAAAUGGCCAAUCAGACGAUUGCGAGCAGCAGGAUGACUGUGCCCCCCUCGAGGCUGAGAUCAGGCACAAGGAGCUGCAGAACGCGGCACUGAGGAAAGAACUGUGCCGCAAGGAGGCCCUGAUAGCAGCGCUGGAGGACAGCCUGCGGAGGAGGGAGCGGCUGUUCCUCGAGGAGCUUAAGAGGCGGAGCCACAGGAUGACCGUCCUGAACGGUGAACUGCAGAAGCAGUCUGAGACUGCGGCCCAACUCGCAUUCCAGUUGCACAACGUCAAACAGAAGCUAAGUAACUCCAGGCAAGGCGGUCGGUUUUUGGAUAAGCCUGCUGAUAAAGCCAUCCCUACAUCUCCGGUGUACACGUCAGUCUCGCUGAAGAGGCACCAUAAAGUCCAUUCGAAAAUGACUGAUAAAGUCCGCACCGAGAGGGCAGUGGGUUCAGACUCGACCCAGCAAAGACGCCGGGCAGAACUGGACGAGCUUGACCCCAUGCCCGACCCUGCACUCUUCCUACGGGCACGGUGGCAUCAUGGCCAGAGGCACAACCAAGCAGGCUGCUUGGCGGCGCCCGUCAGUCAGGAGUGCAGGCUCGAGAGCGGCGGCCUCGCGCCGAUGCAAUCGGUCGAGCCCAGGACUGUGCCACAGGGGAACUCGAAGUGCUCGAACUUUCUGGGACCUCCUGCUGAGACAGAGAUCCCCCUCACAGACGAGGAGAGCACCGGCGAGGAUUUGCAAAAGGCGCGAGAGAGCGUGCGAAAAUAGGGCAGCGUUAUCACGGGUUGUCAAGGCCAAGAAAGAACUCACUUUGAUUACAGCAUCCUUUCACAUCCCGAGAUGCAUCGCAUGCAACAAAUUAUCAUAUUGGUCACUGUGCAGGCAAAUGUAGCAGCGUCCUUGCACAAAGCAAGGCCCCACACGCAGCAAUAGGGUCUACAAACAAAUGUUCCUUCAUCUGAAGCCCCUGUCCUGCAAUUUACUGAGGCCGCAGCCUGUUGAUCCAAAACCCCAAGCUGAGCUUGAAUCCUCUCAAAUAACAUUUUGGAAAAACAUUCUACUUAAGUUGAAGAAUAGGCAAGUAACACAAAGCUUUCUUAUUAACCUCAGGAGCCUGAGCCUCAGAAAUAUUUUAUUCAAACAAACCAAUGGGUGAUUCAACUGCAUAAUAGGUUUUUGAAACCAUUGAAUUUAUCCAAACAUUUUAUUGAAAAUCUCUCCCUCGUACAAAAAUUCGAGACACGGACACAGACCCUGCACAAUCACGCUGCAGGUAACCUAACUGCAAACAUUUGGCAUACUUAAAACAUAAAUGCAAGGCAAUAAAGCAGAAAGACUCGAGCAACAGAAAAUAGCACACGCACAAUAUCUUCGUGUCCUAACUGACGUCUGUAUGAACUCACUUAGAGUUUACUAUCAGUAAAAUCUUAAAGAGGUUAGGGGCCUACACUUUACCAGCAGAGAGUGAAUGUAACUAUCUCCCCUUGACAUGCAAUAGUAUUACCAUAGCUGAAUCCAUCACUAACAACAUCUAAAAACUCAAAUCAAAGCAAAAUGCUGCAGAUGCAAAUCUGAAGUUUCUGAAGAAGAGUCACACCAGACUCAAAACACUAAUUCUGUUCCUGUCUCCACAGAUGCUGUCAGACCUGCUGUGUCUGUCAUUUAUUUAUCCCAGGGGCUACCUUGGACUAGAAACUGAACUAGACUAGCCAUGAUAAAUAUUACAGUUACAAGAGAAUGUAACAGACUGGAAGUUCUUCAGCAAGUAACCCAUCUCCUGACUUCCCAGAAUCUUUCCACUAUCUUCAAGGCACAAGUCAGGAGUAUGAUGGAAUACUCUGGGCUUGCCUGGAUGAGUGCAGUUCCACUAACAUUCAGGAGGAUCAAUACCAUCCAGGACAAAUAGCUCAGUUGCUUGGCAUCCCAUCGGCCAUUCACUUCCUCUGCCUGUGAUGCACAAUGGCAGCAAUGUGUACCAUCUACAAGAUGCACUGCUGCAGUUGGCCAAGGCUCCUUGAACAGCAUCAUCCAAACCAAUGCCCUGAACCAUCUCAAGGGCAGUAGACACAUGAGAACACCACCAGCUGCAAGUUCCUUUGCAAAGGAAGAUAAUGAUAAUAUCACUGGACUGGCAAUCCAGCACCCCACGGCAAUGUUCUCAGGGCAUGGGUUCAAAUCCUGUGGCAGAUGGUGACAUUUGAAUUUCAUAAAUGUCUGGAACAGCCGGCUAUAACCACUGGCAAUUGUUGUAAAAACUUGCCUGGUUCUGUAAUUUUCUGAGAGAAGGAAAUCUGCUGUUUUUACUUGGUCUGGCCUAUGUGUGACUCCAAACCCACAGCAAUCCUUACUGCACCCUGGGCAGCAUAUGCUCGCCCAGCAAGUUGUGCACAUGACCUGUGAAUGUAUAAAAUACUGUCACGUUCCAUCUUGACUUGGAGUUACAUUGCUGUCCUUUCACUGUGACUGAGACAAAAUCCUGGAAGCCCCUUCCUAACAGUUUUGCAAGUGUAUCAGCAUCACAUACUUGGGUUUCAGCAAUUCACCAUUAUUGUCACCAGCUAGGGAUAGGUAAUAAGUGCUAGCCUAAUCAGCAAUUCUUCCAUACUGUAAAUGAAAAACACAAUGUUCCUGACCUUUCGAGGCAGUACAGCUUCUAAUUAAUCACAAGAGAUUCACAACUCUGGAUAUGAAACACUUGCAUUCAGCGCAUGCUUUGUUUGUAAUCAUCUCAUAUUGUGGCAGACACAAUGCAAUGUUUAACAAUCAUUGAUAAUGGGAACUGCAGAUGCUGGAGAAUCCAAGAUAACAAAGUGUGGAGCUGGAUGAACACAGCAGGCCAAGCAGCAUCUCAGGAGCACAAAAGCUGACGUUUCGGGCCUAGACCCUUCAUCAGAGAAGGGGAUGGGGAGAGGGAACUGGAAUAAAUAGGGAGAGAGGGGGAGGCAGACCGAAGAUGGAGAAAAAAGAAGAUAGGUGGAGAGGAGAGUAUAGGUGGGGAGGUAGGGAGGGGAUAGGUCAGUCCAGGGAAGACGGACAGGUCAAGGAGGUGGGAUGAGGUUAGUAGGUAGGAAAUGGAGGUGCGGCUUGAGUGGGGAGGAAGGGAUGGGUGAGAGCAAGAACAGGUUAGGGAGGCAGAGACAGGCUGGGCUGGUGCUAGUUACUGACCAAUUGCUAGAUGAGUGUGAAGGGACACACGUGCCCUUUCGCAGCAAACUGAAACCUUGAAAUCCACCCUGCUGUUGGAACAAAUCCAACUCAUUGGAGUCAAUGACUCAAAAAGUUUGUAAAUAAUAAAACAAACUCAAAUUUUCUUAUAACCUAACAAAACAUUAUUUCACAUUUACUCAAGAAAUACUUGCAUCUAUAUAACACCAGUCAUAACUUCAGGAAACCCCAUUGUGGUGUCGGAAAUGUGUCAGCCAUUUUGUGCACAUCAUGCUCCUACACUAAAGUGACAAUUAUCAAAUUGUCCGUUUUUGCGGUAUGGAGUAUGGAACCAAUAUUGGCCUGGAUGUCAGAGAUACUUCCCCUACUCUUCAAAACAGUAUUACGGAUCUUCUUCAUUCACUUCAGGGCAGAUAGGAUCAUGGUUUGUCAGCUAUCUGCAAUACUAUAUCAGGCUUUGUUGGCCUAAAUUCCUGGGGUGGGAUCUGAACACUCAGCCUUCUGAAUAAGGGGUGAGCGCACUGUUCACAGAGCUAUAGUGAUUUAAAGGACUAAGCUCCUCAGAAAACACUACAAACACUAUUCCUGUAUAAUUUUCAAACAUAUACUUUAUUCAUGAAUGUCAUAAAACAAAAUCAUUGCAAAAACAUUUCACCUAGAAUAUUAUAUUAUUUGCAAGAAAAUUCAACACACCCCAAGGCAACAUGUUCCACUCAGUUCAAUUAUAACAUCCUUAAUAUUUACAAAAUGCAUUCUAUGUCAUGUAUGCAGCUUGAGGGCAAAACAUUUCAAGUUGAAGUGAACAGAAAGUGCAAUAAAUAUAUUGUUCCCUGUACAACGUGUUUCACAUGUGAGGUGCCCCCAGCACAUUUCCAAUGCUCACAAUUUACAAAAUGCUUUCUUUGUGAGGUGCAUCGCCCACGGGGUAUCGCAGUUUCCAGACCCUUGCUAAACUAUGAUUGAAAGAUGUAAGCAGUGACCUGUCCCUGCACUGCCUCUGCCCCAGGCAUUACUGCAUCCCUCAACAUGUAGUGCAGUACCUCUUACUAAUACCAAGGGAUGUUCGUCAGUCUUUAAUGUAAAUUUGCUAUUGAGCAGCAUAGAUAUAUCCAGGAUUGAGCUGUGUAGAUAUUUUAUUAUUAACCUGUUCAGAGGUAUUAUCUCCCAAACCUCUGGAGGAGGAGGUACUUAAACUCAGGCCUCCUGGAAAAGAGGUUGAGACACUACCACUACACCAUAAAUCACCCUUGGUUGAGCUCUCUACUAAAUUAUACCUAACCAGAUCUGGGUAGUUGCUCCAGUAAACACCUUCUAAUUGAUGCUUCACUAAUCUUGAAAACUCUACCACAAAUAAGAAUACUUUAAAAUUUUAUCCUCACUAGAAACCUCCAUAAUUUUUGGGGAUGUUGGUGGGGGUAAGGGGGUGCAGGAGGGUGUUGCGGGAGAUGGUGGUUGGAAGAUAAAGGCUUGAUUAAUCUCCGAGUGAAAGCAAAGGGUUAUCACAUUUAAGAGAUCAUCUGCCUAAUACUGCUCAGUAGGAUUAUACAGCUCCACAAUUCAAUUAUGAAUAAGGGUCCAAUAAUAUUUUCUUUUCCAUGAUUAGCAAAACAUACAUAAACAGUAGUUGUAGAAUUCUUAUCUGUAAAGGCUGGCUUUGAUACUGUGAUAAUCACGUGCAGUUCUACAGUUUCUCAACAAGAAUUUUUAUUUGUUGGGACUGAUAAUUAAUCAUUUUAUCUGUACAGCAGGUUUAAAAAGAACAAAUCAAUGCA